GUCUAGCCCGGGAGCUAUCUCCUGCCCUCGGCCCGGCAUGUCGGCCGUGCGCAGACACCUCUGGGACGAGUACCAGGCGGUGGGCUCAGCCCGGGGCAGCGCCCGCAGGAAGCGGCAGCGCUUCGUGGACAAGAACGGGCGCUGCAACGUGCAGCACGGGAACCUGGGUGGCGAGAGCAGCCGCUACCUCUCCGACCUCUUCACCACGCUGGUGGACCUCAAGUGGCGCUGGAACCUGCUCAUCUUCCUGCUGACCUACACGGUGGCCUGGCUGGUCAUGGCCUCCAUGUGGUGGGGCAUCGCCUACCUGCGGGGCGACCUGCACCGCGCGCACGACCAGAGCUACCACCCCUGCGUGGCCAACGUGUACAACUUCCCCUCCGCCUUCCUCUUCUUCAUCGAGACCGAGGCCACCAUCGGCUACGGGCACCGCUACAUCACCGAGCGCUGCCCCGAGGGCAUCGUGCUCUUCCUCUUCCAGUCCCUGCUCGGCUCCAUCGUGGACGCCUUCCUCAUCGGCUGCAUGUUCAUCAAGAUGUCCCAGCCCAAGAAGCGAGCCGAGACCCUCAUGUUCAGCCGGGCCGCUGUCAUUUCCCAGCGGGACGGCAGGCUGUGCCUCAUGUUCCGGGUGGGCAACCUGCGCAACAGCCACAUGGUCUCUGCUCAGAUCCGCUGCAAGCUCAUCAAGUCCCGACAGACACCUGAAGGGGAAUUCCUGCCAUUAGAUCAAUGUGAGUUGGAUGUUGGAUUUGGAACUGGAGCUGACCAGCUGUUUUUAGUUUCUCCUUUAACCAUCUGUCAUGAAAUCAACCCCAAAAGCCCCUUUUUUUGUCUCUCUAAAAGAUCGCUAAGAAGUGAGCAGUUUGAGAUCGUUGUCAUCCUUGAAGGAAUUGUUGAAACUACUGGAAUGACGUGUCAGGCUAGGACCUCCUACACAGAAGAUGAAGUUCUUUGGGGCCACAGAUUCCUCCCAGUAAUGUCCCUAGAGGAUGGCUUUUUUCGUGUGGAUUACUCUCAGUUUCAUGCCACCUUUGAAGUCCCCACACCUCCUUAUAGUGUUAAAGAACAGGAGGAAAGCCUGUCUCUUCCAUCUCCUUUCAAUACUCCUAUUGGUAACAACCGAAACAGAAGGGAACACAUCUGCUCACUUGACUGUAUUGAUAUUUUAGAAGAGAAAACAAACAAGUUUCCUAGCAAACUGCAAAAAAUUAGCUCCAGAAAGGCAGGCCUUCAGAGAAGAGUCAUGAGAAUGACUUCCAGCAAUGUAGAGAAAGCUUGCAGUACUGGAGAUCUCUUAAAAAUUCAGCAGAUAAGUUCUGUUCCCAGCAAUGAAGAUGGUGAUGAAAGGAUACAACUGAAGGCCUUCAGAAUCAAAUCUGAGUCUUUGACUCAGUCUACUGGAGAUCUUGAGUUACAGAAAAAGCCUCAAGGUAUGCUCACCUUAGGGACAAGACUAGAGGAUAAUUUGCCUGCCAAACUUCGAAAAAUGAAUUCUGAUCGCCUUUCCUAAAUAACAGAACUGCAUUUUAGACUUCUGUCCUUCAGGAUUAUUUUGGAAUACUACUGUGAUAAUUUGGUUUUGCCAAGGGAUUCUUCAUAAAUAACAAUUUUCAAAAUUAAUUGGCAUUUUUCUAUAAUAUUCAAUACAAAUUAUGAUUUAUGUAGCAUGGUAACUGUACAAGGUGCUAUACUGUAAGUUCACUGUGCCAAAUAAACAAGUCCCCGCUUUAAAGAUGUGUAUCAGCACUACUGUAACAGAUUGGUCUGGUCUUCCACCCUUUCAGAAGUCUUUCUGAAAUAAAAGGGGCCAGAUUCUCAGCUAUGACUAAAGUGCACAUAGUGCAGGUUGGGUGGGGGAGGGUUCAAUGGCAGCAUAAACCUCACCUUUACACUCCCCUGAUCCUAGGGCUGCUGUAUAUAAUGUGGGUAUUCUCCUUGUCACCCCUUCCCCCUCACAUCAUAUAUUAUAGUACCCCUAUGUGUGGUCUAAUCUAUGCCAUCUCUUAACACCCUUAAGGGACUAAAGCCAUCACUGGGGAACUGUGUACCAUAAAGAUGGCCAGCCACAUCUCCUGUGCUAGCAAUGGGGAGGUUGGUGGGGGGGUAGCAGCAGGGGCUGUAUGAGCUGCUGUGCCACUGGGGGAUCCAUUACACUUAUGUGAGCUUCCCAGGGCUGGAUGCACAUGUUCUAAUGGCCAGGAGCCAGAUUGAUUAAAGGAUUUGGACAAAGAAGUAGAUUAAGAAAAAGUACAAAACUUUUUUCUCCUACCACUAAAAGAAUUAAAUCUGAAAUUUCUACAUUUUAUCAAAAACAGUUGGUGAGUUAACAGAGGCACAGAAAUGAGUAUGGCCCUGAAUACUACAGUCCUAUGAUAUGAAAAAAUAAGGAUUUUUUCAGAAGGUAGGUGACCAGCAGUGUCUCAAACACAUGAGUAAAAAAUUAUAUUUUGACUUAUUGAAUUUUAGAAAAUGGUAAGAACUGGACUCGUAUUUUAUUUUCUUAACGUCAUUAGUUCCAUAGUUAUCAAAUAAUCAAAUGUUUGCUUCAGUUUCUAUUCUAGAAUUGUUGUUCAUCUUUUCCCUGUGGAAAAAUGACUUGUUUCCAGACUAUGGAGAGCAAACAAAAUCAUAUCUUAACUAUUUAAUAAAUUAAUAUUUAGUACUUACUG